AUGGACUGGUUUCACUGUAACAACUGCUUUUUGAGGCGAGGCAAUAAGUUUGUAGUGUCGAGCUGUGGCCAUGUACUUUGUGAGAGCUGCAUCAAACCAAAUCACUGCUGUGUGUGUCAGUCCAGCUGCAGCUACCUGCCUAUCUCUAACCAGAUGAAACCGAAGGAGCAGAUGUUCUUCAGAGACCCAAUAAACAUCAUUCAUACCCAACUGGAGCAUAUUGCACAGAUUGCAACAUUCCAGAGAAAACAGAAAGAGCGAGUCAUAGCCUUCCACAAACACAAAUGUAUGGAGAUGGAAAGAAAACUAAAGGAAGUCAAUGAACAGUGCCACAGGCAGGUGUCAGAGCUCAGGAAAGAGAAUGCUGAACUUAAGAAGCCUCUUUCCCAAAGGAGGGUAUCUCCUGGAACGUUUAAGGCUAAUGGGAUUCCAAGAAUGACAUUACCAGUGGCUGUCACAUCUCCAGUCACUCCCCGCUCCAGGACUGUAAGUCACUCAGGUUCUGGUGAUACCAUGGAAAGGUUUCGACACUUCAGACACAGCAUGGCAUCUCCACUGGAUUCAGCCACCCCUGUAUCCUCCCUGAGUUCACUGAAUGAGCAUGGAUUUAGAACACCCACCUCUGUUAACACUCCAGUGAGGUCAGACCAUGUAACUCCAAACGUUUUUCAGUUCCCGUUGUUGCCUGGGGCAACAUUUCAAUCUCCCCAGCCAUGGAAUGUAUAA